AUGGAGGGUGACGGUACAGCCGAGCUGGUCUGUAACCACACAGAUGCAUGGGACUGGGUUCACACCAUGCAGCCUGCCUACAUGUCCAUCAUCUGCUUUCUCGGAGUCAUCGGAAACUCCUUUGUGCUUUGCGUGUUCUGUCUCCAGAAGCGUCGCAGCUCUGUGGCCGACAUCUAUCUGACCAACCUGGCCGUGGCCGACCUCCUCAUGGUUUCUUGCCUACCGUUCUGGGUGGCAACUAUUAUCGACGAGUUCCACUGGAGAUUCGGGACUCCCAUGUGCCAGCUGAUCAACAUCAUCAUCGGGAUGAAUUAUUACUGUAGCGUGUUGUUUCUUACACUCGUGAGCGUGGAUCGAUACCUUGCCCUCACCAGACCUCUGUCGCAGGGAUGGGAGAGACGAGCGUUUUGGGCGCGUGGGAUUUGUUCGAUCAUCUGGAUUGCUGGGAUCUUGCUCAGCUUUCCUGCUAUCCUCUUCCGAUCCGUUGAGUUCCUUCCACAUCUGGGGAUCGAGGCGUGCUACUUAGUGUAUCCACAUGAAGGCUGGAGACUGCGCUACAACAUGACUGUGAGCGUAGUGGGCUUCCUCAUCCCUGUUCCUAUUGUAUCCUUCUGUAGCUACCACAUCACCAAAGUCCUUCGAAUCAGCAAGAAGAUGAAAAAAGGCAAUAGGGGAAGUGCAGAAAGAAAAGCUGCGCACCUUGUACUCAUCGUCUUAACUGUGUUCAUUCUGUCCUGGCUACCGUACCAGAUCCUGAUCUUCUUGGACACCUUGGAUCAUUAUGAAAUCAUCUCUGGGUGUACAUGGGCAUACGUGCUGGACAUUGGGGAACAAUUAGCCACUUAUCUUGGCUACAGCAACAGUUCACUGAAUCCUUUCCUGUAUGUUAUUGUAGGGAAACACUUCAAGCAGAGGGCAAGGGAAGUGUUUAGACUUUUGCUCUGCAGGAAGAAAUGGCAGCAGGGGAAGUCAAGUCAAUCUAAUGCCAACUUCAACACGACCAAACAAGAGAGUAUAAAAUUGAAUGCAGUCAUUCUAAAUUUAGAGUAG